UCAAAGAGUCAAUAUGUUUGUAAGUGUAAAUUUGAGUGGUAUUCUAAUUCUAUUUAUUGUUUUACAAGUCGAUAACAUAAGAUGUAAGUCGAUAACGGUUGAGUGUGACAAAAAUCAACAAAAUUACUGUUCAAUAGUCCCAUCGUCAAUUGAUUUGCCCGUGGAAAAUACAUUUUAUUUCAUAAAUCCCAACUACUACUUGCAUGCGAUGGAGACAAUUUUGGAAAUUCGACCGUACCAAACAUCGAACAUUGUAUCAAUCGAUUCAAUUUUUGACUAUUUUCCAAAAUUAGAACAGCUGAUAAUUUCAAACAGUUUGAAUAAAAUUCCAUUCAUGCGAGCCGCAUCUCAAACGCUGCAAUUGGUGAAUUUUCGGCAAAAUUUUAUAAAAAAUAUCACAAAGUUUGCGUUCGAUGGAGCGCCCAAUUUAGAACGCAUCGAUUUAUCCUCGAAUUCGAUUCGCUCCAUUGAAAAUCAAGCUUUCGCCAAACUUGAUCGUUUGACAUCAAUUCGACUAGAGAAUAACAAGCUCGGUUCACUACACUCGCAUACAUUUGUUGGGGCCAAAUCCUUGGUGUACAUAAAUUUAAGAAACAAUUAUAUUACGACCAUUGCAAAUGGAUGUUUUGCAUUAAAAUAUUUGAAUGAAUUGAUAUUGGCCGAAAAUCGUUUAGACAUUAUACCCGAUACGAUUUUUAAUGGUGCUGAAAAUUUGAAGAAGAUUUCAUUUGCUCACAAUAAAAUCAAAGUUAUCGAUGUGAUUGCGGUUGCACAGUCUGCGCCAAUUGAAAUGCUCAAUUUUGAAGAUAAUGAACUGGCAUGGUUUGAAAAACAAUCGAUAAAUUGCACCGAAACUCCAAAUAAUCAAUUGAAAAAUCUGAAUUUGGCAAAAAAUAAAUUGAAAAGCGGCAAUAUUUUGGAUCGAUUGAAGUGUUUGCAACGCAUCGAAAUGCUAAAUUUGAACUCAAAUGAUUUUACGACAUUCGAAAAUAUCAGCGAUUUAAGAAUUUAUUUUCCACAUCUUUCGGUUAUUUAUUUAAUUAACAAUAAGAUUCAAUGUGAUUGGCUAAAGAAUACAGCAUUCGAUACUUCACUAAUUUAUACGAGAUCUAAUCGACGAAAAUUAACUGUCCAUAAUAUUGAAUGUCUUUAAGCAAUGUAUAGUCGUUUUCAAUAAGAUCUGUUACAGCGAACUGUCAAAAUUUUGAACAAACAACAUACCCUCAACAAAAUUCAAACCAAAUUGACACGUUUAACUAAGGAGCCUUGUGUACUUUUGAAUGGAAAUGCGUUCCGAAAUGCAUUGUAUUAUUUUGACAACACAGAUCUUUUUGGAAACGACUA